CCGUGUCUAGAUUUGGUUGAAGGUGUUUUUGACCAAUUUAUAUACUUCCGCAAACUGAAAACCCUGCAAAAAUGGGCCCCGAUAAAGGAGAGAUAGAGAGACGGAGGCAGAGAUGGAGACGGAGGCAAUGAAGGAAAUCUACAAUUUGCGUUCCAGGGUGGUUUCCAUCGCCAAACACACUAAAUGUUCCCCGGUUUCCGAAAUUCAAAAGGAGACAGCUAAAGGCAAAAAACCUGGCAAUGAUGAAGUUUCCAAACAAUCCAAAGAUCAAGAGGUGGAGACAGCUAUAGCCAAAAACCCUGAAGAUGAACCCGAACUUGAUUGUCGUGGACCUCCUCCUAUGACGGGUCGACGUCUUAGGUCCUUUCUGUAUAAAAAGCAGCGCGAAAAACUUGAACUUUCAACAAAAGCCUUGUAUUGGUACAAUAGGGACUGCCGACGGCGUGGGCUUCCCACAUACAAGCUUGUGGAGACAUUGGGAUUGGAAGGCUGCGUUCUUAAACGCGGCCUUACGCGCCAUUUCAACUUCAACGCCCGACUGAAAGAUGAUCCUUGUGCUCCUCUAGAGCUCUUUUUUGGUGAAAGGGUGAGCUCUUUUUUGGUGAAAGGGUGGUCAGUUGGGAGGGAUUGUUGGAAACGCGUUGCUACAAGAUGGGGACCGAGUCUCCUGAACCUGCUGAUGUUGGACGUAAAGCCUGCAAACUUUGCCGGGAGAUUUGUCACCCAAGGGGCGAGAAAUAUUAUGGAUCCGUUGUUGGUUGACCACCUACUGACGUUCAAAAAAAGUGAAACUGUUACGAGUACUCCAUUGGGGGAUGACGGAGCAGUAGAGAAUGAAUGUGGGGAACCAACACGGGACAGUGACGAUGGGCAGCCGGGGGACGCAGGGAGUCCGAACCCUCUCACGGACCAUCUGACAGCAAUUGAAGCUCGCUUCAAGGAGUUGCAUGACUCUUUGCGGGAGACGGUGACUCAACUGCAGCGUGACUUUGAGACGAGAUUGACCCUUCAAUCCUCCAAACUCGAUGCUCAAUAUAAUCGGGUCGAGGCUCUGCUCAUCGCCGGGCGCACCAGCAACCAACACCGCGGCCACGGCGACAAAAAUUUGGGUGGUGAGUUCCACGUCGACCGGGGUGGUUCCUCAUAUACACCCAAACCUAAGCUCGAGUCCCCGAAGUGUGACGGUUCGGAACCGCUGCGUUGGCUGUAUAAGGCCUUAUAUGGCCGUGCACCGCCUUCAAUUCUGCCAUAUUCUAGCGGGGAGUGUGCGGUUCCGGCUGUUGAUGAACUCCUAACCGAACGGACAGCGCUGUUACACCGGCUGUGGGAGAACCUUCAGGCUGCACAAGCACGUAUGCAAGCAGCGGCCAACCCCCACCGUCGGGACGUUCAAUUUCACGUCGGGGACUGGGUUUUGUUGAAAUUGCAGCCCUACAGACAGCAUUCAGUGGUACGCCGGGGUUCCCAAAAGCUUGCACGCAGAUUUUACGGGCCGUACCAGAUUCUUGAACGCAUUGGGUCAGUCGCCUACCGGUUAGACCUGCCCGCCAAUUCCAAAAUCCACCCGGUAUUCCAUGUCUCACUCCUCCGCCCCUAUCGCGGAGAUUCGCCUACAGUAACACCCCUUCCGCUGCCGGUGGAUUUGGUGGAUGGUCGGCCCCCGUCUCGACCACUCAAAGCACAUGCAUGGCAGACCACCCUGGUUAAUGGAGUCCCAGAGCAGCAGGUACUGGUUGAGUGGACGGAUGGUGGCUUGCAUGACGCUACUUGGGAGCCGGUGGAUGCUCUUCGACGGCAUUAUCCUGAUAUGCACCUUGAGGACAAGGUGCCUUUUGAACAAGGGGGGAAUGUUACGAGUACUCCACUGGGGGAUGACGGAGCAGUAGAGAAUGAAUGUGGGGAACCAACACGGGACAGUGACGAUGGGCAGCCGGGGGACGCAGGGAGUCCGAAAGGGCCAUGGACUGCCGAAGAGGACAAGAAGCUCAUGAUCUUCAUCCUCAACAAUGGCCAAUGCUGCUGGAGGGCUGUCCCUAAACUUGCAGGGCUGUUGCGGUGUGGGAAGAGCUGCAGGUUGAGAUGGAUAAAUUACCUAAGACCAGACUUGAAGAGGGGCCUGCUCUCAGAGUCUGAGGAAAAGAUGGUCAUUGAUCUCCAUGCUCAGCUUGGAAACAAAUGGUCAAAGAUAGCCUCUCAUUUGCCAGGGAGAACAGACAAUGAAAUCAAGAACCUCUGGAACACCCACAUCAAGAAAAAGCUCAGGAAAAUGGGGGAUGAUCCCAUCACCCACAAGCCACUCGUCCCUCCCAGGGACGAUGACGAGGAAAAAGAAAAAGAAAAGGAAAAAGAAAAUCAGAAAACAGAACCACCCGGAAACCGGUCAAACGACGGGUCAACCAUCCAGAAUUCGAUUGCUUCAACCCCAUCGUCCUCCGCGUCCUACGACGGGUUCAUCUCAUCUAACCUUAAUAACCACACCAGCAGCAUAAACAAUGUGUUUGAUGACUGGGAAUGUGACAGCAGCAUCUUCAACAACAUGGGAUUCUGGGAAGAAGAUGACUUCCUCAACACUACUACUUUGGAUUCACUGUUCAACAACAACAAUGACACUAAUACCCCUUUAAUCAUAACAGAUGAAGAAUCAUGGAAGCUUGAGCAACUCUUGUAGAUCAUGGAGGAAAUUAUAAAGCUCUGUUGGGUUC